AAAGUAAAAAACUUGACCGAAGAGGAAAGCAACCUGGCCGAAAAAAGAACAGAAGAAAAGAAUAGCUGCAAACAUCAAAGAACUUCGACUUGAAAGCUGAAAACUUUAUCUCUCCGAUCAGAUAUGUUUUUUAUGUGGCAUCUACUGUAAAGGAAGACUGAGAGAGAUGCAGAAAUUGGGUGAUUUCAAGCUUCCCCACUUUUUCAACUACCCUCCAUACUUCACUUUGCAGCCAGUGAGAGAGACUCGGGAGAAACAGGUACAACUUUGGAAAGAACUGAUUCUGGAUUACUGCAGAACUCAGAAGAUAUUUGUAAUUGGUCUUGAGGAAGAAUUUCCUUUGUUCUCAAAUUCUGUGAUUGAACGUACUCUCAGUCACGAAGCCAGGGAAGCAUUCCUCUCAGCCUUGAUUUCAGAAGGACGUGCAGAAUGGUUGGAUAAAGGACAUAGGAGAUGCCUUAUCCUUUGGCACCGAAUUCAAGAUUGGGCUGACAUUAUUUUGAAUUUUGUGAAAGAUAAUGGCUUUGAAGACAGUGUUAUGACUGUUGAGGAGAUACGUUCAGGGAUUGAAUCCCGAGGAACAGAGCUUCAUGGGAUAGACCGCACGAUUCUAAUGCGAGCUUUGAAAUUACUAGAACAAAAGGGGAAGCUUGCAAUUUUUAAGGGAACUUCAGCUGAUGAUGAAGGUGUGAAAUUCUCUGUAUAAUGUUUUAACCACUUGGCAUUCAAAGGCAACCUAUUAAGUGUGGCAGGCAAGGCCGGCUAUUGAUCAUCAGAACUUUAAUCAGGAACCCAGCAUUUUGUGUUGCUACUGGUAUCUGAAAAAAAAACAAAAACAAAAACAACCAGAAGUUGUGAAAUAUGUUGGAAAACCAAACCUGAUGGAAUUAUUGUCUUUUUUUUUUCUUUUUCUGAAGAUGGACAUGUUUAUCA